AUGGCUGCGCAGCGCAAGUCCGGCAAAGAGUCCGACAAGUUCGCGCGGCGGCAGCAGAGGACGCGGGGAAGCAAAGGGCAACUCGUCGAGGCAAGGGGAAGGCUAAGAAUGCCUCAGCCGGCCGCUUGCCACACGAGGGAGACAAAGUAUCUCCGAACAAAAGCGAGCUCCUUCCAAAGACGAAGGGCAACAAGCGAAAGGCUGCGAACCUUCUGGAACCGGCGGAGGGUGUCAGUGAUGGUCUGCGACAGAAGCUUUUGGCAACCAAGCAGCGUCUCCUGGCCGGCAACGCAGAAGCGGCUCGCGCAGGGGUCGUGCAGGCGGAGCCUGGAGCUUGGGCCGCCAUGCAGGCCGAGAAGGAGAAAGCCAACGACGGGAAGGACGGGCAAAAAGG